AUGUGCCGGGGUCAAACUAUGGAGUUUGCGUCUCGCUGCGUGGUGCUGGUGGACCCUUACUCCACGGGAGCCAUGCUGGCACCCGAGUUGGACCUCCGAGGCUAUGGCGUGAUUGCCCUGUGGACCAAGGAGUGUGGCGAGAACCGCUGGCACCUGCCCAAGGCGGCCGAGGGUUUCCCAGAGAAGUUCCUGGCAGAGGUGGACGAGCAAGACACUCUGGCUGAGACCGCCUUCGUGCUGCGCAAGGCGGCCGGAGAAGAGCCGCUGGCGAUGAUCUGCGGAGGUGAGACUGGGGUGAAAUUGGCCGACGCCUUGUCAGAGCACAUGGGCCUGCGGGGCAACACCACGACCGGCGGCAUGGCGAACCGCCGCGACAAGCAGGUGCAGCAGGACGCUGUGAGGGACUUCGGCCUGCGCUCGGUGCGCUCAGUGUGUGGCAGGGCCUGGCAGGAAGUGAAGGACUUUGCAGAGACGGAGGUGCUGCCGAUGAUCGUGAAGCCCGUGGAGUCUGCUGGCUCUGAUGGGGUGAAGCUUUGCCACAGCCUGGCAGAGGUGGAGGAGCACUUCCAACUGCUCAUGACAUCUCAGCGCAAGUGUGGCGCCCAGGGCGCCGCCGUCUUGUUGCAGGAGUAUCUCAAGGGCACGGAAUACAUUGUGGAUCAUGUCUCCCGUGAUGGCGUGCACAAGACCACCAUGGUCUGGGUCUACGACCGUCGCCCUGCCAACGGCGCGGGCUUCGUGUGCUUCGGGCAGCAGUGCGUCUUGCCCGACAGCCCCGUAGCCCAGCAACUCAUCGCCUACACUCGCGGCUGUUUGGAUGCCUUGCGCAUCACCAACGGCGCCACUCACACGGAGGUGAUGAUGACCGAGACUGGACCCUGCCUGGUGGAAGUCAACAGCCGUUGCCAUGGCGCGGCGGGUUCUUGGAUGCCCUUGGCGCGAGCCAUGGCGGGCUACACGCAGGUGGAUGCGUGCGUGGACGCCUUUCUGGAUGCCAAGGCCUUCAAUGGCCUUCCGGAUGUGCCGCCUGCGUUUCGGGCCUCUGGGCAGGUGUCCAUGCUGGUGUCGUACCAUGAUGGCCAGGUGGAAGCCACGCAGUUCCAGAAGGUUCGAGAGCUCCAGUCUGUGGUAUUUCUGGAGGAGAACCUUCAUGCCGGUCAUCGAGUGGAGAAGACCAUUGAUCUCUUCAGCCUCGUCGGAAUGUGUGUCUUGGUGCACUCCGAUCCUGCCGUGCUCGCCAGCGAUCUCGCCUGCAUCCGUCAGAUGGAGCACGAUGGCUCCCUCUUUGUGUUGGCCAACUGA